CCUAACUUUUCGUUUUUGUUUGAGUCGAUCGUUGCAAGUAGAAAAAUGAAUGAUCCAUAUGAAAGUUUGAUUUCAUCUGGUAAUUACAGCUUCCUCUACACGCCCACAUCUAUACCGACCAAUGAGACUGAAGAGUACUUCAACGAGGAGUACGUGGGUUGUCUUUGCACGGAUAUCUGCAGGGCAGACUGUCCAUGUUAUUCGCGCACUGGUACCAUCUACGAGGAUGGUAGAAUCGUGCAGAUUAACGAUAUGCCUUCGUAUGAAUGCAACGCGAAUUGCUCCUGCGCCUCCAAAUGUUCCCUCAAGUUGGUCCAAUUCGGACCGAACAGUAACAUGGAUAUUAGAUGGACCGAGAAAAAGGGGUAUGGUUUGUUCGCGAAAUCCCGAAUACCGAAAGACUCGUUUAUAUGCGAAUACGCUGGAGAGAUUAUUGGGAAAAAUGAAGCUGAACUGAGAUACCACAACCGGGCAGUAGUGGGUGAAAGCAAUUACAUAUUCUGGGCGAGGGAGCAUUUCGGCGACAAAACGAUUGAAACGAUAAUCGAUCCAACUUCAAUUGGAAAUAUCGGUAGAUUCGCGAAUCACAGCUGCAAACCAAACUGCAACCUGCUACUAAUCAGGAUAGAUUGCGCCUAUCCAAAGGUUUGCUUGUUUAGCAACAGAAUUAUUGAUGCAGAGCAGGAAAUCACAUUUGAUUAUGGAAGCUGCGAAUCCGUGCAACCGUCGCUCAUAGAAAACCCUUGCCAUUGCGAGGAAGCCAAUUGCAAGGGCAAACUUACUGAAGAUUUGUAGUGGUCAGCCAAAUCUGGACAAGGAAAGAUAAUGUUGAUGCUUCUGUUAUCCUUGAUUGGCACCACA